UUUGUGCCAGACAUCGUAGGGCCACACAAUUUCGGGUGUAUUACAGAUCGUCUCACAGUGCAGUUUUGUCGGUGCGAUGGCUAGCGAUUCGCAGACGGUUGCGGUAGAUUCUGCUCAAUGCAUUUCCACGGUUUCCGCUAGCGGGACAGCAGAAGCGGGGCCAUCACUAGGAUCGUACACGAGUGUUGUGCUGCUUCCGGCGCACGUAGAUCAGCCGACAGCCCAAAGCAGCUACGAAACGGGUGCCGUACCCGUCGGAAGCUACAAUUCCUCCCGUUCCACCGUUACCAGUACAAUUGCUGGAGUCGGUCCUAUUAAAACAAUAUUUCAAAAUCAUGUGGAACUAAACCAUUCGCAGAAUGUUCUGAAAUAUGUGCCUCACCCUGAGGGACAGUUGGCCCCGGCAACACGCACCCCGCAACAGUGGGUGUUGAUCGAGUGGACAAUGCCGGCCGGGGAGCCAAAUGCGUACUCGGUGAUCCCAGUUUCGGAAAUCGUGCAAAUGACGGGUGCCUCGGUUGAGCUUACCACCGGAAAGUCGGUCCUCGUGAAACGCGGAAGACAUAUGCUGCCGGCAACGAUCGUUAUGAUUUCCGAUGAAAAACGUUUUCUGGACACGGAGUUAAACCAGCUGAGAAAAAUGUGUACGGCGGACAACGCGACGCAUCUGCCACAUCCCGAAUCGUACCCUGCCAGCCAGCAGCGUAGAUAUCUGCCCGGUGGUCAACAGUGUCCAGAAGCGUCACCAGUCCCAACGAUGCCGGCGGUCACGAUGGAGUACGACUACGCAGAGUUCGAUGGCGUAGUACCACCGACAUCGGUGCGCACGAUAGUGCCGCGAAUCGAACGCAGCGGAGCUCGCCGGGCAGAGAUACGUCCGAUGACUUUCGACCAGCAAACGCAAACCAUCGCUUGUGGGUCAUCGAUCGAUGUCGCCGUCGAAGCGCACCUCAAGCGGAUUUCCUCCUACCUCGAGAGCAUCAUGGCGGAGCAGAAAAGCUACCGCAUGGAGAGCGAGUACCAGCGGAAGUUACUGCACGAGCUACACGAGAAGGCUUCCGAGCAUGAUGCGAAGCUGGAGGCGAUUAGGAGAGAUGCUAGGGCCACGGAUCGUUUGGAAGAAGACACGCACAAAUCGCUGUCCUCGGACGUGAAUUGCACUGCAACGGAAGAGACCUACGGCUAUCGGUCUGCGUCGGCGGAAUCGGAGCGUAGCAAGCACGUGGUAACAUCGACGAACGGUGGGCUUCUUCUGCAGACGGUUGCCGAUGGUCACGUUGAAGGAAGCCGCACGACGAACGAAACCACCGGGAUACUAUACGAGUGGAGCCGUCCAGCCCGCGUUAACUCACCGGAAUCGGAAGCUAGCGUCGAAAACAAACAGCACCGAGGGAAGGCUCCACAAACACGAAGUGACAGUGUACGGUCGAUGAUCGAGACCGACUGGAGCGACACAUCCGGUUGCGUGGCGGGAAACGACGAUCUGGGUGCGCCGAGUGAAGACGGUGAUCGGAUGGUCGUUCCAGUCGAGUAUGUGUCGAUCGGUCGAAACAACACGAUGGUCAAGCGGAGAGUGCUGGAUAACAUCAAAUGGUCCAACUAUAAGUCGGCUACACGGAGUCUGCUGAUGGAGCUGUUUUCGCGACACGAUCUUGCAACGCGCUCCCUAAGUGGACGUCCUUCCCCAGCGUUUGCCGGGGACGGCCGGAAGCCCGUCAAGCACAAGCUCGACCCGGAUGUGAUAGCGGAUGUGAUAGAAAUCGUAUCGAGCUCGUGCAAAGUGGCCACGAACAUGGUACGGACCGCCAUCACAACCAAGUGUGCCGACGAGAACAAGAUGCUACGCCAGCGGCAAGCGACCGCUGCCAAAGCCGCCAACAACGGUUCUUCGAGCCCUUCCGAGAUCAGCGACCGCCCAAAGGUGACCGCCAAAAGAAGAAAGAUGGUGGCCGAAACCCGCAGAUCUCCAGGUGUCGAAGGAUGCAAGGUUGAAGAGAAUAAGGAAAAUCUUGGUUAA